GUUUUAUCGCGCGAGUUUAUUUUGUAUUCGUGUACCAAAAAAAAUAGCUAUCAAUACGUACGUGAAAAUCGAAAAAAAAUUCUCAACGCCUUUGAGAAACAAAUGCCAAGGGUGAAAGCGGUAAUGGUAAAACGGAGGGAAGAAAAUUGAAGUACAGAUGUUUCAGCGUGUAACUGUUUGCGCAUCAUGUUUGGUUGUGUCUCCCACUCCAAUGACCCAGGAACCGGUUUCGUUUUGAUUCUGGCAUCUGAUUCGACAACGUAGUUUUCUUUUCUGUUGCUCGCAAAAGACUGGCAUUUUCAUGGAUUUUAUUCAUCUUGUAAAUCAUUACGAACGUAGUUCUCGACGUGUCACGAAGUGUGAACUUUUUCGAUCAAGUUUUAACGUUCGUAACGAUAGAAUUGCGUUUUGAUUUUUCGCGAGUUUUUAGGGAAAAAUAAUGGUAAAACGCAUGCGCGAGUUGGAGUAUUUCGUAUUCGUAUAGUAAAAAUAAGUGGUUGAGAAACGUUGCAGUUUUUUUUUAUUCAGUCGUUUCGUCGUCGUGAAAAUAUCAACAUUGAUAAAACCGAUUGGAAAAUUUUUAUCUAUCGUUUUCGAUUACCCUACUGUUAAAAUAGAAAAUUUUCAUUCGCGAAGUGAAUAAUUAUUAACGACGACGAGUACGGUAAAGAUAAUUUCAAAAUGACGAAGUCGAAGUGAUGGAAAAGCAAGUGUUGGUUCGCGAAUCAGUUAUUAUGGUUUUUGUUGCACGAGUUUUUAUCGUUUCGAGAUCACGCGACGAGAUUCGUUUCGAAUUUUAAGCAAUUUGUUGAUAUAAUUUUAUUUCGUUGAGUUUUCGUUUGUAUACUCCUGUUCCUGUUAAUCGUUUCUGUUGUUAUUUGAAUUGUUUUGUUACCUUGAAAAGAUUUUACAAGCUUUAAAAUGGCCUCACCGACACCUUCGUUAGGCUCGACCGAUAGAACGCAUUCGCUGAAUUCGUUGAUAGAUCAAAACGAAUACCAUUCGCUGAGCUCGGCGCACUCGCCGCUGACGGCGUCGCCGACGUCGCUUAGCAGCGGAGGCAGCAACAGCGGCGCGACCAAUCCGAUGGACAGCUGCGGCAGUAGCGGCAACAACGGCAGCAGCAUAUUGGUCAACGGGCACAGCAAUAACUUAUCAUCGUCGCAGUGCGGCUUGUGCCACGGCACUUUCAUUAAUCCUAAAGUUCUUCCAUGCUUUCAUACGUUUUGCGAAUCGUGUCUGGAACGCAAUCAAGAGCAUCCGGGCAAAAUCACGUGUUCGCGAUGCCAGCAAGAAUGCAUCCUGUCGUCUCGAGGCAUCACCGGACUGCUGCCCGAUUUCACCGUCUGCAAGCAACAGCAGGAUACGCAGCCUCAACAACAACAACAGAUUACGCAGAAUAAUAACGUCGUCGUCGGCGGCAGCAACAACAACAACAACAACGGCGUCGUCGUUAACGGUUGUAAUAGCAGCGAAUUCAUCACGUCGACGCCUACGUUAACGUCGUCGUCGUCGCAUUGUACCAGUUGUAAAAAUCUCAGUGUUACGGCCAUCGUGCAUUGCGUCGACUGCAAUCACUACCUAUGUCAAGACUGUAUGAUGGCUCAUCAGUUGGUCAACUUCGACGGCCAUCGUAUCUAUAAUUUGAGCAGCCCGGACGGCGGCUUGGAUUUAAUCAAAGAUGACACGAGCAGCACGCAGCAGAAUUCGACGAUCGGCGGCGUCUGCGGUGGCAAAAAUGGGCUGAUAUCGAGCGGCGGAAACGGCGGCGGCGGCGGAGAUAAGGUUGUACCGUGUCCGCGUCAUAAGACUGACUACUUGAAAUACUUUUGUCUCACGUGUAACGUUCCUAUUUGUAAAGAAUGCACCGUGCUCGAUCAUCCGUCCGGAUUACACGAUUUCGAAUCGCUGAACGAAGCCGGCCUUAAACAGCUGGACUUGAUUAAUCAGUCUGUCAUCGAUAGCAAAGUAAAGGCGAACGAUAUACGCGGCAUAAUCAAAAACCUGGAUCACUCGUCGGGUAAACUGCAGGUACAAUUCCAUAAAGCGCAGAACGAGGUCAACGAUACCUUCCUGUUUUACAGAUCGAUGCUGGAGGAACGUAAGCAAGAGAUAUUGAAAGAGCUGGAGAGCGUGUUCUCGGCCAAACAGUUGUCCAUCAACGUGGUAGGGCAGAAAGCUCAAGAAACCGUCGACAAAAUAUAUCAAACGUGCGACUUCAUCGAUCGAUUAAUGAAGUACGCCAGUAUCACCGAAUGCCUUCUGUUCAAGAAGCUGCUCGACUCGAAGCUGCAAAGUCUAAUGAGCUACACGCCGGAGAUCAGUUUGCAGAACGCUAGCGAUUUAGAAUUCGUUUCGAACUAUCAAGCUAUUCAAGUAGGCGUGAGGAACACCUUCGGAUACGUUCGUAGUUCCGGCGAAGUGAACGUCGGUCCGGCUAAACAGCCGCCGAUCGCUAGACCGCAGAAUAUGACCAGUAAUUCCAACUCUUUCAUGAUGAACAGCAACGGUACGGUGAACGGAUACGCGACUCAUAAUGGUACCAAUGGCGGCGGCGUUGGUGUAUCUUCCGGCCAGCUAAAUGGUAACGGUGGCGGCGUGUCGAAUGGAAACGGCAGCGGCGGUGGAGGCGGUUCGUUGUUCAACGGUUUGAACGGGUUACUCGAUAGACCUUAUUUGAACGGAUUGGAUACGAGUUCGGCGGCAGGUAUGGCCAACAGUUACGAUCAUCUGAACGGCGGCGGUGGCGGCGGUAUGAACGCGAAUUCGGUACACCACAGCUCGAAACGUUCGUCGAAUAACUCGAUGCAGUCGGCCGGCAGUUUGGGACAUUUCAGCAGCAUCAUCGGCGACAUCACUUCGUCUCAGAAUGGCUGCGGCGCCGGAAACGGUAGCGUGGUGAACGGUUCAGCCGGACUGAAUCCGAUCGCGCCGUACGAGAAAUGGAGCCCGGGCGGCGGCGACAUCUUCCAGAACGGUAACGAUUUCUCGCUGAACAACGACUCGAUGCUGGAUCUAACCUCGAAACUACUCUCGACCUCGAUAUUCCCGCCGAAAUCGCAAAUCAAACGACAAAAGAUGAUAUACCAUUGCAAAUUCGGCGAAUUCGGCGCCCUCGAAGGCCAAUUCACCGAGCCGAGCGGCGUCGCUGUCAACGCGCAGAACGAUAUCAUCGUCGCCGACACCAACAACCAUCGUAUACAGAUCUUCGACAAAGAAGGCCGAUUCAAAUUCCAAUUCGGCGAAUGCGGCAAACGCGACGGUCAGCUUCUGUACCCGAAUCGUGUAGCCGUCGUCAAACAUACCGGAGAUAUCAUCGUAACCGAACGUUCGCCUACCCAUCAAAUCCAGAUCUACAACCAAUACGGUCAAUUCUUGCGCAAAUUCGGCGCCACCAUUCUGCAGCAUCCGCGCGGUAUCACCGUCGACAAUAAAGGACGUAUCGUGGUCGUCGAAUGCAAAGUGAUGCGCGUCAUCAUCUUCGACCAGAUGGGCACCGUGCUGCAGAAGUUCGGCUGCUCCAAGCAUCUCGAGUUCCCGAACGGCGUCGUCGUCAACGAUCACCAGGAGAUCUUCAUCUCGGAUAAUCGCGCCCAUUGCGUCAAGGUGUUCAACUACGAGGGCGUCUUUCUGCGUCAAAUCGGCAGCGAAGGUAUUACCAAUUAUCCGAUCGGUGUCGGAAUCAACGCCGCUGGCGAAAUCCUAAUCGCGGACAAUCACAAUAAUUUCAACUUGACCAUUUUCACCCAAGACGGACAACUCGUCUCGGCGCUCGAAUCAAAGGUGAAACAUGCUCAGUGCUUCGAUGUGGCGCUUAUGGACGACGGAUCCGUUGUCCUGGCCAGCAAAGAUUACCGGCUCUAUAUCUAUCGUUAUAUACAGAUACCGCCCAUCGGACUUUGAAAUCGAUCUCAGGUUAAGCUGCUUUUUUUCGCCCAUUCCUCCCUUAUUCAUUUUUUUUUCUUUUACAAAUUGUUCACAAUUCUCGUCGUGUUUUUUUUCUCUUGUUUUUCUUAUUAUUUUUUUACGUUUUUUUCUUCUAUUAUUUUUUUUUUUUUACGAAUUCGAGCGUUUUUUUUCCUCUAUCGCAUCUUUUUAUCAUCGGGGUUCGAAUUUUUUCAUUUUAUCCCCUUGACUUGAUUUUUUUCUGGUUGGCCAUAUACGAUUAAUUUUUUUUAAAUGUGUUUUACGAAUUGUACUAUUCAAAAUUCUACUUAGGAAAAAAAUUAAACGAGCGGUCUGUAUCGAUUUUUUCGUGUUUUUUUUUCUUUUUUUUCCUAUUAUUGCUGAUGCCCUCGUCGUGUUUGUUGUAUAAUCUUUCUAAUUUUUAUUCAAUUGAGAGGUGUACUGUAACGUCGUGUUUUUUUGUGUGUCGUGUCGUCGUUUUUUUUAAAUUUAUUUAAUUUUUUUUCAAUUUUUUUCUCUUUGAAUUUUUUUUAUCGAUUGAUUUAUUACUUUAAUUAUUAAUUAUUAUUAUUCUCUGAUGAUGAUGAUUUUUUUUUUAAAAAUUGUACGAUGAUGAGAUGAAUUUUGAAUUUUUUUUUCUUUCCUUUAAUUUUUUUUAUAUCUACGAUAAUUUGUUAUACACGUUCUAUUUUACGUAAUUAAUUUUUUUUCUCCUUUUUUUUCGAAAAAUUUUUAUUAUAUUUAAUUAUUAUCGCAUUAUUAUUACGGUUUAAUUAUUAUUAUCAUUAUUAUUACGUAAUAUUUCUUAUUUGUUUUCUGUUUGAAAAAAAAGUCGUGUGGUGAAACGAAACUCUUACUACUACUACGAGACCAGAUGGUUCUUUUUUUUAUCAUUUUACAUUACUAUUACUUUUUGAUACGAUGAUGAUGAUGAUUACUACGAUGAUGUUAAUCGAAGAGGUGAUGAAUUUAUUACUAUAUAUAUAAUAUGAUAAUUUAUUACAUUGUUAAAACGCACAUUUACAAAUUGGGCAAUCAAGUAUCCUCUGUUUUUCAUGUUUUUUUACGUGUUUUUUUUGGCUUAUUGUGUCUCUAAAUGUGAUUUAUAUUUUUUUUCGUUCGUUUAUAAUGAGUUUUUUCUUUCCCAUAAUUUUUUUUCAAUUUUUUUUCUUGUCUCUCCCUAGGUGUUUUUAUGAGUUGAGUAUAUUCCCAGUUUCGUUUUAUUUAUUUUUUUUCUUACUACAUCAAAGGAAUUUGAUUUAAAUGUUAUUUGUCUCGCGCGAAUUGAAUGUUUCUUUUUGAUGGAAAAAAAAUUGGUGGUUUUACAAAAGCGAAAGCAAAAAAGCAAAAAAAUCCCGUAAUAAAUUUGCUACUACUGUAGUUAGAAAUAUUUAUAGGAACGAUUUAUAUAUAUGUGUGUGUUUUUUUUCAAUUAUUAAUGUUUUUUUUUUGUACUUUUCUCUGUUAGUUUUGCUUGUUAUGAUGAUUUUUCUAUUUAUGCCGGCGGCGACUCUCGAUAUUAUUCCUUUUUUUUAAAUGUCUUUUUACUUGUUGAGCGAUUAUUUUCAAACGCAACCUAGUCAGUUAGUUUUUUUUACGAGUCGACCUGGAAGUUUUGCCGUAUUAAGAAAUGUAUCGAGCUGAAUUGCAUUAUGGAUCGGAUUUUUUUUUAAAAUUUUUUUUUCUAUUCUCCCUCUGUGUGUCAAGCCUGUGUUGUUGUUGGGAUGGUUUCGAACGUUUGCACUUCUUUUUUUUUUUCGUUUUGAAUUUUAGUUUAGAAGAUAUACAUAGAUAGAAGAUCGGAGUAAUUGAAUAAACGCACAAUUGAUCGAAAACCAUGUAGAGAUGAUCUUGAUCUUACGCGUGUAUUUCGUCGUUGGAUCUAUGUGAUUUUUUUUAAGAGGUCGUCGAGGUGUACUGUGAUUUGAGGUGGGGAUGGGGGAGGGCGAGGGGAAAGAGUAGAAGUGUACGACGAUCAGGGCGUUGAUUGCGAAUGGAGUUUUAAGACACGUAUGGGUUGGAAAUUUUUUAAAAAGUUGUGUACAUGUCGAUGAUUUUUGCAGAGAAACCGGUUUUCGAGGGUGAUUAUGAAGAAGGGGGGAUGGGGUGUCCUAUUUGAUGGCAUAAAUGAGUUGAGAGUCGAAUUAGUCGUGUUUUGGUAAGCUUCCGGAAAAGCUUAAAUGAUGAAAUUUGCAAAAUUAAAGGGACUAUGAGGCAUUCAAUUUUCAUUUUUUUUUUUUUAUUUUUUUAAAGAGGAAACUGAAAUUUUUUAAAUUUUACUCUUCUUGGUGAUGAUACUGGAAGAUCGAAUCUUCAUUGCCAAGAAGACUAAUGAGAUGAAAAAUUAUUCCCAUCGAUUAUCAAGCAGACUGGUGGAUUUUGAACUGCCCUCUGUAGGCAAUGGAUGGCAAUAAUUUGGAUAAUUUGGAUUUCUUGAAGUGAAUUAGGUUUCGAAAACCUCCCUCUGUAGGUAAUGAAUGGAAAUAUCAGUUGAAUUUUUCCAUCCAAUUAUCAAGCAGACUGGUGGUUUUCUGAACUUUUAUUAUUUUUUUCCAUUAUAUGGCUCAUUUGGUUUUUUUUUCAGCGAUGAAUUCAAAUUGAGGAAUUUAUUAUUUCGUAAUUCGCAAUUUACCUGCCUCUUGGUCCCUUCAGUUUUGUAAUUCGGCUCUAAAUAUCCCAUCAGUUGACGAAGAUGAAUCCAAUUGGCUCAUCUGAUUAUUCUGGGACGCGUUAUUUUUCCAUUUGGAAAUUUUAUAUUUUUUCUGAUAUCGGUCUCGAUGUUUUUUGCGCUGAAAAAAAUCGUCUCGAAAUAACUCGGAUUAUUUAUACGAACAUUCGAUCGUUACAGUUUGAUUUUUACGUUGUUAUUUUGUUCUGUUUAUAUUUCAAAAUUGCCAGAUUACUACGUUGUUCGUCGAACGAAUCGACGUGUUUUUUUCGUCGAAAAAAUAAAAGCACGUGGAACCUGUUGCAGAAUUUUUCGAAAAUAUCGUUACCUCUAUCGAAAUUACUACGAAGAAAACAUUACGAAAAAGAAACGUCAAGUUCACCGUCGUCGUCGUGAACGAAAAAAAAAAUAAAAAACAUCUUCGAAAUCGUCGCAUUAAAUUUUAUUCGAAAAAUUAAACUCGUGCUCGAGAAGUAAUCGUCGAAACGAACGAGAAAAAAAUUACCUUCGUUGGGAAAAAAUAAAUUCUACGGGAGGGGAAGGGGGAGGAAUUCGAAUGGAUGUUCUGGGAGUAAAAAAAAAAAAUCGACCUGUAGUCGAGAUGUAUAUGGAACAUGUAAACGACAUGAGGACUAAUUUUUCAACUCGUUAUUAAUUUUACUCCGUUGCGAUGGCAUUUUCACGCUUUUACGAGUUUUUACGACGAAUUAGACUGAAAAAAAAUAGAAAACAGAACUACCUAAAUGUAAAUGUGGUUAAUUUUUUCUAAAAGGAAAUGUCGAAAAAAAUUAUUUUGAAUGUGGGAGUAUUUUUCAACUUUUUUUUUAAUUUUUUUUUUUAUGGGAAGUGUUUACUUGAUCUUGAGACCAUCCGAAGAAAAAUUCAACCGAGAGAAAUAUAAACGAAGACUUGAUUUGAACGAUUUCCAAAUCAAAACAAUACAAAAAAUAAUUUCUAUUAGUAAUUUAUUUUCGAUUCUGUUAGUUUUUUUCAUAAUUUUGUAUUGUUUUGGGCUAUACAAAGGUGCUGGAUAUCCAAAAAAAAAAUAAUUUGAAGUCUCGAGAUCAACUGAAUACUUCGAUUGAUAUUUUUUAUUUCUUCUCGAACAACUCAUACGUGUCUUAAAUAAUGCUCUUGAAUUUUUAAUUCCAUUUGUAGGGGAGGGGGAAGGUGUGACGUUGAAUUAAUUCGAGUUCAGAAUUGCGAUGAGUAAUUUUUCAACGAUUCGACUGAAGUGGUAAUGGUGUUCCUUUUUUUAGUUUUUUUUUCUCUUCUUCCAGGUUUUAAAAUUACGAAUUUGUAAAUUAAAUGUUAAUUAAAAUAAGUAUCUAAAUAUUUCCUCGCUCCGUCGAUCACAUAGAUUGCAUAGUACGAAAUUAAGGCGAAAGAUGAAGGUGUAAAAUGCAAAAAAAAAAAUACGUUAUUCGCUUACUAUGUAGUUUUUUCCUUUUUAUAAAUUAUUAGUACUACGAAAGAAAAUAACCGAAGGAUUAGCUUACUUGGUAAUAUUUUUUUUUAUUUUGAUUUUAGAUAAAAAUACUUGCGAAGUUGAUGUUUUUAUUUUUUGAUUUCAUUUUGUAUUUUUUCGUUCGUUUUUUCUUGUUUAUUGAUUCGAUUAAUGAGAAGAAAUAAAUUUUUAAAAAGCUGAAACUUUUCGAGUGAAAAGAAUCGAGAAAAAUUAUACAAAAAAACAUUGAAAUUUAAUGUUUAACGUGUAUAAUCGAGUAGGAUAUCAGAUAAUAAUGCUAAUGUUAUUAUUUUUUUAUUAUGUUAUUAUGUUUUUAUUUUUUUUUCGAAUUUUUUCAUUUUAUUAUUUUUUGCAGUUAUUUUCGUUUUGCUUUUUAUACGAAGUUAUAAAUGCGAUAAUCUGUACUUUUUUUUUGUGUUUGUUGAAUUUUUUUCAUAUCUGUCCAAUUUUUCUUUUUCUCUCUUUCUCUCUCUCUCUUCAAAUCCACUGCCUUCGUUGUUGUAUUCCGUUUGAAUUUUUUAAUUUUUUUAUUUUCAUUGUUUUGUGUCUUUUUACGAAUAAAUUAGCAAAGAUGACUGAAUAUUUUAGCCUGGUUAGUGUAUAUUUUUCGAGAAUAAAUAGAGAGGCGUGUGUAAAGCAACGGCGACGGUUUUUCAAAGGGUUAGUUAAGGUUUCGAUUUAGUUAAAUUUUUUUUUUACGUGCUCGAGGUUUUUUUUUCUAUUAUUUACGGAUGGUUUAAAAUUGACGUGGAAAUUUUAAACGUUAAAAUGGACUACAGUGCCUUGAUUUAGAGCCUUUUGUUUGUAUGUGUGUUUUAUUUUUGUUUUAUUUACGAAGGGAAAAAAAACGAGUAGGUAAAUUUUUCUAGAGCGGAUAAAAAUAAUGAUUAGAUUAGGUUUUGUGUGUGAUAGAGAUGAAAAAAAUAAACGUGGCGAUUUCGGUUGUGUAAUUUUUAAAAUACGGUAUCGAUAUAUUGAGAAAAUAGUAUUAUAUUUUAUUGGAAAAUUUUGUCUAAGUGAAGGAUGUGCGAAGCAAGAGCCGAGAUGAUGGGACGGUUUUUUUUUAUUUAAACGCGUCGCGCGAAUGAGGCUGAUGAAAGUUGACUAUGAAAUGUACUGUUAAGCCAUUAAUUUUUUUUUAUUUUUUUGCUUCUUGGUAUUUAUCGAUUAUUAAUUUAUUUAAUUUAUUUUUCUUCUUUUUUUUUUAAAUUGCAUUUAUUUAUAUAAAGUAAAUAACACUAUUUAUUUGUUUUUAAAAUUUUUUUUGUUCUCUUUGCUGUUUUCCUCCUUAUACAUUAAUUUCUUACAAAUGACCAUUAUUUUGUAAGUUUUAUGACCUAUACUCGAAAAUUUUGUUUUGUUUUGUUUUUUUUUGCUGUUUGUUAUUGGAAAAAAAAACUUUUUUCACGAUUCAUAUUUUAUAUUUUUCGUACUAGUAUUAUUUUUUCGUUAUACGCUGCUAUUAUAAAUGUUUGGAUUUAUUGUUUUGUUGUAAAUUGUUUUCAGUUUAAUAUAUUUCAUUAUUGCAUUUUA